GGCACAGGCUGCGGCAGUUCCGCUGGAGGUCCGCUUCAGCUCAGCCCCCGAAAGCUCCGUGACACCGACAAGGGAUUAGUGCAACUCCCCCCCGGGGACGACAUUGAUUGGCCUCGUAGCGUCUGAUUUAGCUCCGGGUUUCUUCUCCGCGCCGAUCAGGGGGACAGCCUCACUCUUCACCGCGCCUGGGAGAUUUAGGGAUGAACUGAGGAUGAAUGUAAACCAGCACACUCCGAUGGCGUCUCCGUACGGCCAGCCCCAGCCCGGGUACCCUCAGCCCGGGUACGGCCCUCUCGAUGGGGGGUACCACGCGCCCUACGCUCCCUACAACGGCCCAGCCUCCGCCUACCAACCUGGAGCUCCACCACAAGGCCCCUCCAGAGGUCCUCCCACCUCCGCCCCCCCUCCAGUCUCUGCUCCUCAGGCCUAUAACCAGUACAGCCAAUCACAGGGCAGCAUCCAGAACGGACCCCCGCCCAUGACCCAAGCCCCGCCGAGGCCUCCAGUGUCUCAGCCUUACCACCAGGGGGCUGUGAACCUGACAGGUCCCCCUCAGCCUUCAUACCCGCCACACUACGGCCCUCCUCCCACAAUGCAGCAGGUCACCGGGCAGAUGGGAGGGAUGCAGAUCAAUGCGGGACCCCCCACCCCUGCCGGCCCGGGAUAUGCUCCUCCCCCUCACAGCGCCCCUCCACCAGUGAGCGCGCCUUACUCUGCACCCCCGCCUAGUUUCUCCCAAGCUCCGCCCUCUUUCUCCCAAGCCCCUCCCCCUGCAACCACCACCCCGACACAAGCCCCGCCUCCUCCCUCCAACGCCCCGCCGUCUACCGCCCCGCCGUCAACACAGCACCAGCAAUACUACGGGGGACCACCACAACCAUCUCAACAAUACCCCCCGUCGAUGCCCCCCACGUCCCAGCCGCAGUUCACCUCUCCUCCCCUGUCCCAACAAGCCCCGCCCCCAUCUCAGUACACCUCCGCCUCGCCCUUGCAACCGCCGCCAUCGUCCCAGCCGCAUUACACUUCGCCCUCUCCGCAGCCACCCCCGUCAAUGCCCCAGAACUACCCCCCGUCGUCGUAUUCGGGACCCACAGGACCCACGGGACCCGCUCAGACCGCGCCUCCGCCGGUGUCGCAAGCAUCGCAGUCGCGUUUCCCGCCGCAGCAGCCGCCCCCAUCGCAGCACCAGCUACCGCCCUUCUCCGCCGCCUCCUCCUCCGCCCCGGCGCCGAUGCCUCAGCCUGGCUACGCCCCGGGGCAGUCCCCCCUCCCGCCUCCACCCAGCCAAGGUUCAUUCCCGCCCACAGCCCCGCCUCCCACGUCUCAACCGGGGGCGUUUCCUCCGACCUCCACCCCGUCGGGACAGUUCCUCUCCGGGCCGAUGCCGCCGCCGUCACAGGGACAAGCUCCGCCUCCUCCACAAUCCCAAAAUCAGCCUUCCCCCUACCACUCAGGUCCGCCCCCUCUCAGACCCCAAAUGCCCCCGACGUCGAUGCAGCAACACAGCAACCACAUGCCCCCGUCGCCACAGGGACCUCCGCCCAUGGGACCCGCUGGACCCAUGCAGCAGCCUCCACCUCAGCCUGGCAUGCCCCCCGGGUACCCGCCGCAGCAGAACGGAGCCUAUGGGCAGGUGAGAGGUCCUCAGCCUGGCUAUGCAGGCCCGUAUCCCGGGCAACAGAACUUCGGAGGCCCCGCCCCCGCCCCGGGUCCUGCGCCUCAGAAGAGACUGGACCCUGACGCCAUCCCCAGUCCGAUCCAGGUGAUUGAGGACGACAAGGCCAAGAGCACAGAGCCGUUCACUACAGGGGUCAGAGGUCAAGCCCCGCCCCUCGUCACUACAGAUUUCCAAGUUCGGGAUCAAGGGAACGCCAGCCCUCGCUUCAUCCGCUGCACGGCCUAUAACAUGCCCUGUACCGCAGACAUGGCCAAACAGUCUCAGGUGCCUCUCGCCGCGGUCAUCAAACCCCUCGCCACCCUGCCCCCGGACGAGACGCCUCCGUACGUGGUGGACCAUGGGGAGUCUGGUCCGAUCCGCUGUAAUCGCUGUAAGGCCUACAUGUGCCCGUACAUGCAGUUCAUCGAGGGAGGGAGGAGGUUCCAGUGUGGCUUCUGUAGCUGUGUCACAGAGGUGCCUCCACAUUAUUUCCAGCAUCUGGAUCACACUGGGAAAAGAAUGGACUGCUACGACCGACCCGAGCUGUCUCUGGGCAGCUACGAGUUUCUGGCCACUGUCGACUACUGUAAGAACAAUAAGCUUCCUCAGCCUCCUGCCUUCAUCUUCCUCAUCGACGUUUCGUACAACGCGGUGAAGAGUGGUCUGGUCAGCAUGGUGUGUCAGGAGCUCAAGACUCUGCUGGAUUAUUUGCCCAGGGAGAACCCGGAGGUGGAGUCUGUGGUGCGCGUGGGGUUUGUCACCUACAACAAAGUGAUGCACUUUUACAAUGUGAAGGCGAGUCUGGCCCAGCCGCAGAUGCUGGUGGUGUCGGACGUGGCGGACAUGUUUGUGCCUCUGCUCGACGGUUUCCUCGUCAACGUGAACGAGAGCAGACAAGUCAUCGAGAGUUUGUUGGACCAGAUUCCAGAAAUGUUCGCCGACACGAGAGAAACAGAGACCGUGUUUGGACCGGUCAUUCAGGCGGGACUCGAGGCGCUCAAGGCUGCAGACUGCGCCGGAAAACUGUUCAUCUUUCACACGUCUCUACCGAUCGCCGAGGCUCCAGGAAAACUGAAAAACCGAGAGGACAAGAAGUUAGUGGGAACGGACAAGGAAAAGUCCCUGUUCCAGCCCCAGAUCAGCUUCUAUAACUCUCUGGCCAAAGACUGUGUGGCUCAGGGCUGCAGCGUCGACCUCUUCCUGUUUCCAAACCAGUACGUCGACCUGGCAACGCUCGCAGUGGUGCCCGUGUCCACCGGGGGCUCCGUCUACAAAUACACAUACUUUCAGGCUCAGUCAGACCAGGAGCGGUUUUUGAAUGACCUCAGACGAGACGUUCAGAAACUGGUGGGCUUUGACGCUGUGAUGAGGGUCCGCACCAGCACAGGGAUCCGGGCGACAGACUUCUUCGGCUCUUUCUUCAUGAGCAACACCACAGACGUAGAGCUGGCUGGGCUGGACUGUGACAAAGCCAUCACCGUGGAGUUUAAACACGACGACAAACUCAGUGAAGACACGGGGGCGCUCAUGCAGUGUGCGGUGCUGUACACGAGCUGUAGUGGACAGAGGCGUCUCAGAGUUCACAACAUGGCGGUGAACUGCUGCUCUCAGCUCGCCGACCUGUACCGCAACUGUGAAACGGACACCAUCAUCAACUACUUCGCCAAGUUUGCUUUCCGUGGUGUGGCAAACAACCCCACGAAGUCGGUGAGGGACACUUUGGUGAACCAGUGCGCUCAGAUUUUGGCCUGUUACCGAAAGAACUGUGCCAGCCCCUCAUCUGCCGGACAGCUGAUCCUUCCUGAGUGCAUGAAGCUGCUGCCCGUGUAUCUCAACUGCGUUCUGAAGAGCGACGUCUUGUUGCCGGCCGCCGACGUCUCCCUUGACGACCGCGCGUAUCUACGGCAACUGAUCAGCUCUAUGGACGUGUCGGAGACGCACGUGUUCUUCUACCCUCGACUACUGCCCCUGUCAAAGUUGGAGGGCUCGUCGUUGCCGGUGGCGAUCAGAGACUCGGAGGAGCGUUUGUCCAAAGGCGGGGUUUACCUCCUGGAGACGGGUCUGCACCUUUUCCUCUGGGUCGGGGCGAGUGUCCAACAAGAACUGCUGCAAAACCUGUUCGGGACGCCCAGCUUCAGCCAGAUCGACCCCAACCUGACGAGUUUGCCGGAGCUGGACAACCCUUUCUCCAAGAGACUGAGAGAAAUCAUUUCAGAUUUCAGAGCACAGCGCCCACGGUUCAUGAAGCUGAUGGUGGUGAAACAGGAGGACCGUUCGGAGCUGAUUUUCCGGCAUUUUCUGGUGGAGGACAAAAGCGCCAGCGGGGGAGCCUCGUACGUGGACUUCCUCUGUCACAUGCACAAGGAAAUACGACAACUCCUCAGCUAGGCCCCGCCCCCUUUUACCCAUCACGCACCUCUCCUCCUCCUCCUCCUCCCCCUCCUCCUCCUCGGUCACUUUUCACCGUUAUUAUUUUGUGAACGAAAGCGCUUUAUCCUUUUUUUUUUUUUUUUUUUUUUUUUUUUUUAAACCUUUAUGAAACUAAUCUCCGGCUGUCUCGAAGUGAAGGAUAGCUGGGGGGGUUGUGUGUUGGCGUGCGUGGACGAAAUUGUUAAAAAGCUUUUCUUUGCCUUAGCUGGAGGCAUAGUAAUGUAAAUAAAUAUAAAAUUAUGUAUGCAACGUUUUUGGAGUGAAUGAGGGAGUUUUGAAGAGGAUUAGUCCGUGUACUGUUGAUAACAUUAACACUGAGAGACAGUUAGGGGGCGCUACCGACGUUAUAAUUACGAAACUUUUAUAUUAAACUAAUCGUAAUAGAAAGUACAACGCGUAAACGGCGAUUAUUGUGGUUUUUUUCCCCCUAUCAAGGCCUUAGCAAAACUUUCCAAGCUGCUCCUCUUGUAAAAAAAAGAAAAUGUGUUUACCUUGUGGAAUAUUUAAAGAUGCACCGUGUAACUUUUCUGGUGAGCUGAGUGGUCUGUCGCCGGGGGAGAUUUUGCGGGUUUGUCUGGAAUUAUUAUUAUUACAGAAUAUAACGUCAAGUAGAUUUAUUUCAGAGCGAUGUUUUGGUGUUUUUAUUACUCAGAAAUACCCUUGAGAAACAGAACUGACCUGUGACUUGGCCCCGUGGCGUCGCCGGGUCGUUUCCAUGGAGAUAGAAAGGUUUGAUGCUCUACUCUGGAACAUUUUCAGGCAAACGGUGACAGUUUCAAACAGACCUGACCUGUGACCUGGCCUGGUGGAGUCACCGGGGUGUUGCCAUGGAGACAGAGUAGGUUAUUUAAUGCUUUACUGAGGAACAUUUUCAGACGAAUGACUACGCUUGCAACUUGGCUGUUUCCAUGGAAAUAGAUGGGUUUAAUGCUUAACUCGGGAACAUUUUCAGACAAACGACUACGCUUGUAAACAGAACUGACCUGUAAUUUGGCUGUUUCCAUGGAGAUAGAUAGGUUUAAUGCUUUACUCUGGAACAUUUUCAGGCAAACCACGACAGUUUCAAACAGAGCUGGCCUGUAACUUGGCUGUUUCCAUGGAGAUGGAUAGGUUUAAUGCUUUACUCUGGAACCUUUUUAGGUAAAUGACUGCCCUUGUAAGCAGAGCUGGCCUUUAACUUGGCCGUUUCCAUGGUAAUAGACAGGUUUAAUGCUUUACUCUGGAACAUUUUCAGACAAAUGACUACGCUUGUAAACAGAACUGACCUGUAACUUGGCUGUUUCCAUGGAGAUAGACAGGUUUAAUGCUUUACUCUGGAACAUUUUCAGGCAAAGCGCAACAGUUUCAAACAAGUGUGACCUGUAACUUGACCCUCUGGCGUCGCCGGGUUGUUUCCAUGGCAAUAGAUUAGGUUAUUUAAUGCUUUACAGCGGCACAUUUUCAGGCAAACCGCAACAGUUUCAAACAGAACUGGCCUCUAACGUUGGCUGUUUCCAUGGAGAUAGACAGGUUUAAUGCUUCACGGCAAAACAUUUUCAGGCAAACGACCACGCCUUUCCAGGUGACCGACCCUCGCCAGAAAAACUACACAGUGCAACUUUAACUAAUGAAUUGCUCCAUCUUCAGAAUAAAUACUGAUGAAAAUGUCACCGUGUGGUUUUAUGGCCACUAUGAAAUGUUUUGAACUGUUGUAAUAAAUAAAAUUCUAUAUCUAAUUGGGUUAAAUUUCAUAUCUUGGUGUAUUUCGUGGGCUUUUUGGUUCGUUUCUGAUUCUGGAACGAAAUUGAAGUUUGGAUCUUAAACUCUGGAGAAGCGGAAAGGAGUAGAUUUUGUGUUUUGACUUUUUAAUUCUCUUUAAUUCAACGCACAUUGUGUAACUUUUCCGGUGGAGAGUUUGCUUUUUUUUGAUGGAGAUGUUAUUGCUUUGUCUGGAAUGUUUCACAGUAUGGCAUUAAACCUUUCUAUCUUCAAACCAGAUCAAGUUACAGGUCAGAUCUGUGGAGAGGCGACCCCACACAGUCAGAAUACCUGUUUUUUUUUUAAGUAUUUUUGAGCUAUAAAACCACCUGUAAUUGAAUAAAUGUAAAGUAGAGCUGUUUAAUAUCAUACUGUGAAACAUUCCAGGCAGAAAAAUGACAUCUCCAUAGCAACAAGCAGCUGACAGACCCCCAAAAAGUUACACAGUGCAGCUUUAACUACGUUUAACUGGCUCCUGUCUGCUCCUCCAGAUUUAGGUUUGACUGCGACGAUAAUAAAAACAUUUGUGUAACGAUAUUGAACUUUCUCAACAGCAAAACGUUAAAAUUGGAAAAUACGCCAUGUUUUAUUUUGAAAAUCCCUUUAUAAAUCCAUUUCCUGUCCACGAUCUUCCCGGGAAAUAAGACGUGAGCACAUUUUAGACAGCGAAUCAGACUUCAGCGGUUUUAUUCUGAAAAUCCAGUGUGUAAAUAAAAUAUACUAUAACAUGUACAGAA